AUGGGGUGGCCUCUACGAUGGCAACAAUCACUCCCCUCUUCUCCUGAACUGGGUGAAUUUCAUCUCGACGCUUCCUAUUUGGAAGCCUCGUCUCGGUUGGCAGGCUGGCACAUUAACUUAAUGCGUCUGCUAUCGGAGGAAAUGUUGUCCUACUUCCGCCUGAGCAAUCUGACCCAGGAGGCGCCUCGUUCAUUGGGUGAAUAUUUCUUUUUGUUCUAUCCUUAUUUCUUGGGUACUUUAUUCGUCUUCAGUGGCAAAUUGUUUCACACUUUACCUGAUGCAGCGGAAGCCUUAACUCAUGCCUUAGAGGUUCAUCCCCUUCCUCUGAGUGCUAUGGAGAUAAUGAGGCGAGGGCGAGUUAUCCUAGAAAGAAGGGCCCUCCCCUUUUCAUCUUCAACCCCGACCGGUGGGGCUUCCUCAGCUAAUCCACCGCCCAAACAUGUUCGGCGAAGACCUGCCGUCCAACCUGCUCUUUUGGCUCGUCCUACUCGCCCUCGAACUACUCGCGUACCUCAAUCAGCUGCUCGUGCUCGCCCCCGAGCCCCACGUACGGCUCGGCCUAUUGCUACGACAUCCCCAUUGGAGAACCCUCCCCGGUCCUCUUACAUCCCUGGUCUGGGUCUUAGUGCAAGGCUUAUGGGCCUUGGCGGAAGAACGGGCAACGUCUCCUUUGCUGAUCCGGAUUUCAGAGAAGCCUCACAGGCGGCUCGUCGGGCUCAUGCCACGAAUGAACGCAUGAGUUAUAGUGUUCCUUCUCCUUCUAGACGCCGGACUCGACCGCCUUCCGAUGAUUCUGACUCUGACGAUCAACCACUAUCUCAGAGACGCCGGCGUCAAGCUCCUCGCCCGACAUCCGACUCUGGCCCAUCAUCUGUCCCUUCUCCUCCUCCGAAUGCGGCUAUCUCUCUUACACACCCUCAGGUGACUCCUCCUUCAUUCCCGAGUCAGGCGGCUAAUCCUCCUACUUCAUCUAUUAAUCGAACCGAGUCGUCAUCUAUUCCUCCUGCCCCCUCGCAACAUGCUCAGGCCGAUGGAGCCAGCCCCUCGCAACCUGCUCAGGCCGAUGAAAUAGGUCUCUCGGAGCGACCUUUCCAUAUCCCACCUACAGUACCUCCUCCAGGACCUUCUUCAGCUCCUUCCGAUGAAACCACCGAGCCUUCCGCUCCUCCGAACUCCGCUGCGGGUCCCUCAGGCCCUCCUCCACCUAUUUAUCGAAAGUAUUGCACUACUCUUCCUUCUGAAGAGCAAUUAUGGGAUCAGACAAAUAUUCCUACCAGCUCCUUAACAAUGAAAGGUCGUCUGGCCACUAUAUGGGAAGAAAGCAUGCGGCAUAUGAAUUCCCUAUCUUCUCUAGCCCAGAUGGACCAAUUUGCAGAAUUAUACACUAAGGCCUGUGCGCAAUCUCUGAUAAUGGAUCAUUCUUUCCACACAACUUAUCAUCAGAAGAAGAUGUUGCAAGAUCGUGUUGCUGAACUGGAAACACAACUGAACGAUCUAGCCCAGGCCAGUUAUGCUUUGCGAGCGGAAAUAAAAGAGCUGACCAGAAGGAAGAAUAGUCUAGAAGUGUCCUUAGCUCGAUCCAACCAUGAACUUAAAGAUCUCCAGAAGAAGAUAAGUCAAGCUGAUACUGUACACCAACAGAAUAUGGAUCAGCAGGCUUUAGAGCAGCAAAGAGCUAUGGACCAGUUGUCUCAAAAACUGCGUGCGGUCGAAACUCUGGUGCGGGAUCAGGAUCAAAAGUUAAAAUCGCAGGAGGUCCUUUUACAAUCCCAGGAGUCCCGUCUGAGUUCCCAAGCGACAGACCUGGCUACUGCUAAAAAUGAACUAGCUCAGGCUAGAGCCACAACAGAGGGCAUGUCAACUGCUCUAACAAUUUAUAGAGAAGGAGAGAACGACCGCUGUUUGCAGAGCCGUGCUGCGUAUCUGCGUUCUUCAGAAUUUUAUGCCCAAAUGGGACAUCAUUUUUCCACGUCUGUUAUCUACGGAGCGGGUGGAGCUUUGCGGCAGCUUCACGAGCAAGACUAUUUAAAAUCCCUUCCCCCUCCCGAAUUCUUGGACCACGAUCGAAUCCUUAAAGAAAUAUCAGACGAUAUAUUCGAUCCUUUCGAUAUACAAUGA